ACUGACUUUGCAAUCAGCUUGUUUUGUGGUGUGUUUCUGCAGGUCCUGUGGGGAUGCAGGCUGGUUCCCAGCACCCAUCCCCCUGUUACAAGACAGUCAUGGUUGUGUGCCUCUCCAUCUGCUGGAUUGCCUGCCUCUUUCUGCCCUUUGUUAAGCAGUGGGCGUAGACUGGCCUCCGUGGCCUCAUCAGAAUGGAGUGGUGGGAGCUUGUCCUCUGCUGGUUGGGAGCAGGAUAGCAAUGAGCCAGCACCCAGUGGAAAGCUACUGGAAGCUGUCCGUCUGUCCCUGGCGGCACAGCAGAGCCAAGCUGAUACAGGGAACUCGGAGCUGGGAAAGAUGUUGGAUUCAUUCUCUGACAUGGGAUUCAGUAACGCCCAGAUAAUACAGCUGUUCGGGUUGCAGCCCAAGCUGGCUCCUCAGACACGGCUGGCGGUGGUUUCCGAGCUCCUCCUGUUGGGCUUGGAUGCUGAUUCCACGCUGAGGGUCUUGCAGAAGAGCCCUGAGGUGCUAAGGAUGACGGCCCAGCAGCUGAGGCAUCGUGCAGACUACCUGCGGAGACUGGACCUCGGAGAAGAGAACCUGCAGCGAGUGGUGAGCCACUGCCCCAGUAUCUUCACCUUGUCCUGGAAGAAAAUAGAUGCAGUGGUGCAGGUGUUCAAGGAGAAGUGUAUUUUCACAGCGGAUCAGGUGACAGAGAUUCUGCAUCGCUGCCCCAACGUCCUGUUGGAGGAACCGCAUGACCUGGAGUACAAAUUCCAGUACGUGUACUUCAGAAUGGGAGUAAAGCACAAAGCAGUGGUGAAAUCUGGUCUCUUCCGAACUCCAAUAGCUGAGGUCAAGAACCGGCACAUCUUCUUAGAGCGCCUGGGGCUUUAUCAAACCCCUGACAAGAAAGGCCAGACCCAGAUCGUCAACCCGAAACUGAAGGAGAUCAUCCGAGUCUCGGAAGGGGACUUCCUGGCCAAGAUAGCCCACUCCUCCCUGGAGGAGUUUGAGGUCUUUAAGAAGCUGCUGGCUCGGGAGGAGGGGGAGGGGGAUCAGGAUAUAGCGUCUGAAGAGACAGAUUCAGCCAGCGAAGGGGAAGGGGAAAGGUCUGACAGCGAGGAAGGAAACUGAACUCUUACCCCCAAGCUUCAGUAAGGACUUCUUGGCCAAAGAGUCAUUGGUGGAAACCAGCUGCUGGGGUUACCACACAUCUUGGCUGCUCCUAGACAUUCCCUUCUGACCUGUGUGUUUAAUGGUGUUGCCAUGACAUCACUAGUUCAGAAACAUUCACUGGACACGGGUCCCCUGGGCCACAACCUGGGGCUUGACUGCUGCCUGGGGACAGGCAGUUCUGUCCUUGUUUUCCUCAGUGAGCUGAGGCCUCUGUUUCAGGUGGCUGUGUAAAACCAAUAAAGCUCAGACCCUUCAGGAA